GCUGACUAAAAGAGCGGUGGGAAUCUCUGCUCGCGGCAGUUGUGCGCGGACCUCAGAGCGAUCCAGGAGAGCGCGCUUGGCUCCUAAACAGAAGCAGGAACACCAGAGAGAGGACUUGCCGCCGGGACAGCUGCCGCGCCUGCAGGAUGCAACGGAGCACUUCGCCCGAGAACCCAGGCUCCGAGUCGGACGUGCCUGAUUCUUCUCUGCCCCCUCGGACACCCUCGAGCCUUUCGCCCUCCGCGCCCCCAUUACCCGCUCCCACUCCUGCCGUGGAAGGCGCUGCUGCCGCUGGGCCGGAAGAGUCGGGGUCCCGGGAGAAGUUUCGCGGAGGCGCGAAGCUGCCACGCUUCUCCGUCUGCCCUCAGCGUACUGCAGGGUCCGGGCUGGAGACGGUUUUUGUCGCCGCGGCUGCGGCUCUGAAGAUGGCUCUGCCCUCGGAGGAGAAAACACCUCCGGGCGGAGCAGCUUCGGCUCUGCAGAUGGCUCUGCCCUCGGAGAAGAAAACAUCUCCGAGAGGAGCUGCUUCGGCUACUGGUGGCCAGUUUCCAACCAGUGUAAGUGCAGAGAGAGAGGCAGGAAAGGGGUGUUAGGCUGUAAUGCCCAGCUUGAGUCUCUCCAGCUCAAGGUGGGCAUUAUACCUGGAGGGCACCGGACUGGGGAAGGAUGUUGUAAGUGAAAGGCAAGAAGGCGAACUGAUUUAAAUAACUGAACUUUGCAGAACUUUCUGAGUGAAAACCAUAGCUCUCUGUUGCUUUAGGCAACAGCUCUAAGAGUGCAAAACUGAGUCCAGCCUGUGGCUUGUGCAGACAGGUGCAAUCCACUCUUUCCCAAGAGGUUGCCAGUCAAUUUAAUGUCUACUUCUGGUGUAAAUGUUUCCCAAUCCCCUGUCCUCUCCAGGAAUAUGAGGCACUGAAGAGGGCAAUCAAACGACUUGAGAGGGUGCUGGACAGACUGUAUAAGAAGAAUGAAAUACUUCUCAGAAGGAAACAGCUGAUGGAGCUAGAAGGUAAUUUUGAGAAUCCUGUAUUUGCAAAUCCAGGGGAUGUGGCCCUCCAGAUUUUGUUGGGCUACAAGUCCCAUCCUCCAUAAUGACUGCUGGCCAUGUUGGCAGGGGCUUAUGGGAGUGGGAGGGCUACAGCCCCCACCUCCCACCCCCAGUGUGGAGCACAGCUCAAGACGCCUUUGUGGGGAGGAGGCUGACCUUGCCAGGGUUGCCUUUGCUGGGCGGACGUCUUGGCAGGGGUGUUGUUCCUCCACACAGGAGGCCAGUGGCAGACUGCGCAUGUGCCUCUGAAGGGCACAAAGGUUUGCUGCCUCCUUGUGGCCCAGAUUUCCUGUCUUCCUUGUGUGCCCAUUUUUUUGCCAAAAAGAAUGAACAUACGGCAUAAUGAAAAUGCAGCACAUGUAUCACAUACCAAUUUUAACUGGUGGUUAUUUGACUUUUCCCUCAGCUUUUGCUUCGGAUGAAGAAGAGAAGGAAGAGAAGGAAGAGAAGGGAGAGACGGGAGAGAUGGGAGAGAUGGGAGAGAAGGAGCCCCCACAGAAGGAGAAAUAAAGAAAACCGAAGAUUGGGAAAAUACUGCUGUCUAUGUAUUUCUACAUAUUUCAUUAGAUCAUUUAAAAAGAUUAACAGUAAUAUAUGUAUUUGCUUUAAAUAAGGUUUCUGAGAACAUUCUGUGAAUAUGUCUUCUUAACAGUUUAAAUGAGACAUGAUAGAACUAACAUCAGCAGGAGUUGGCUUUAACUUCCUUCUAAUAAACUACUGUUUAUUAUUAUUAUUAUUAUUAUUAUUAUUAUUAUUAUUCCUUCUAAUAAACUACUGUUUCUUUUGCCCG